UUUUUUCUGAUGUUGUUCAACGGUGCGUUUUCUAAAAGACUAAUCUUUUAAGUGUUUCCCGAAGAGCUUGUCCAGACCUUGUCAACCAACGGAGGAUGCAAACGCCCCUGUAAAUUCAAAUAAAUACAUUAAUAAUAGGAGAGAUGGUGAUGAAUAUCCAGUGCACGUGGUAGCUGUAUGAAGUGUUGUACAUGUUCUUUGAGAUGACUGUGUUGUCCUAUUAACUGGAUUAAGGUUAAGCCGGACCUGGAGCAGGUGGAAAGAUGGAUUCGAUGGAAAUUCACUUCAGCACGUGUCUACACUUUUCCUCCUCUGAGCGAGAGACAUUUUCAUUAACGUCUUACCUGCAACCCUUCUCUCAUCUGCACUUAUGUUGUGCCAGAAUUUGAAAUAUUUUUCCUUUGACAGUCACUGAAAGCGCUACAGGUGUUUGUGCCAUCAUCUUCAGUGUCUUCCCACGUAUCUAUCUAUCUAUCUAUCUAUCUAUCUAUCUAUCUAUCUAUCUAGUGUGUGUGGUAAGAAGUGUUUCAGCCCUACUCUAGCAUGCACAUAUUUAACUACGCUGAUGAAGUGAUCGACUUUAUAGUGCGGAAGAAGAUAUAGAGUACAGUAAGAGACGAUAUUUUUGUUCCUGUGUAAAGAAAUGAAAAGGAAGAGACUCUAUGAUAAAAGGUCGAGCUAACACUUUGCUGUGGUUAGUGAACCGUUAGUCUUCAUAAAGGCAUCAUAAAGAAGCUCAUAACUGCUUUAGGGUAAGAGUGAAGGGGGAGGAGGCUAGCGGUUAAGGCAGUUGUUCGUAAUGUUCAUUUCUGCCAAGAUUUUUUAACAAAAACAUAUUUUGUAGAACUUUAAGUGUCUGUUGGGUCUGAAGGCUGAUGUCGCCAUGUUGUCCAGAACGGCAGGAGAUAUUACAGCAGCAGUAAUCCUCAUGUUACUGACAGGAGUACAAGCUCGGCGCAGUGUAACUCUCUCCUCUCAGAGUCUCUGUGCUGUUACUGGAUCCACUGUAAAAAUCCCCUGUACAUAUUCAAGGUAUUAUUAUUCCAGUGUCACACAAAGAGAGUGGUAUCGAGUCCAGAGCUCUGAAAGAGAAGCACGAGUCCUGAACAAAGAUCCACAAUACUCAGGACGAGUGUCUGUAAGCACAAUGAUGUCUAGCUGUGAGCUGACACUGAGGAAUGUGAGAGUGAGUGACUCUGGAGUUUAUAACUUCAGAUUUAAAAUGCACAGAAGUGACUGGAGAUCAUCCUCAUCUGGAGUUCAUCUGACUGUUACAGACUUGCAGGUGAAGGUGGAUCCUAACACUGUAGGACAGAGAGAAGUGAAAGUGACCUGUAGCUCCACCUGCAGCCUCAGAACACACAGUUUCUACUGGUACAGGAAUGGCCGAUACAGCAGAUCUACCAAUGACACCUCUUUUAUGCUCGACUCCACCCGUCCAUCUAAUGGGGGAAGCUACUCCUGUCGAGUGUAUGAGAGUUUAUCCCGCUCUCCCCCAGUGUGUGUAUUGGGUAAAGAGUGUUGGGGUGUGACUUACAAUCUUGAUCAUGUGUGUGCUCUGAAAGACUCAUCGAUUGAUCUCUCCUGCUCAUAUAAACACCCUGCAGGCCACACAGUGAUAAAAUCAGUGUGGUUCAUUAAAGUGCAGGCUGACGCUGAGGCUGUGGAUGUGAGAGAGGAUGAGGAGUAUCGGGGCCGAGUGCAGUACACACACAGCUCCCAGAAUAACUGUAGUCUGAGAAUCACUAAUCUGACAGAGAGAGACGCUCAAACAUACAGAUUCAGAUUCUACACUCACCAGGACAAAUACACCGGCCAACCUGGAGUCACUCUGUCUGUCACAGAUCUGAAGGUUACAGUAUCAGACUCGGGUAGUGAACAAAAGACGCUGAGCUGCAUCACCACCUGCACUCUGUCUAACAACCCCACUUACAUCUGGUACAAGAACGGAGAGCGUGUGUCUGACUGUAAAUCUGCCUCCUGCUCUGUAGCUGCAGUCAGUGGUGCGGUCAGUUACAGCUGUGCUGUUGAAGGCCAUGACAGUCUCCUCUCUCCUCCAGUGUGUGUACUGGGUCAAGACUGUUGGGGUGUGACUUACACUCCUGAUCAUGUGUGUGCUCUGAAAGACACAUCUAUUGAUCUCUCCUGCUCUUAUAAACACCCUGCGGGCCUCACAGUGAUAAAAUCAGUGUGGUUCAUUAAAGAACAGGCUGAUGCUGAGGCUGUGGAUGUGAGAGAGGAUGAGGAGUAUCAGGGCCGAGUGCAGUACACACACAGCUCCCAGAAUAACUGUAGUCUGAGAAUCACUAACCUGACAGAGAGAGACGCUCAAACAUACAGAUUCAGAUUCUACACUGAUGAUCCUCAAGGCAAAUACACCGGCCAACCUGGAGUCUCUCUUUCUGUCACAGAUCUGAAGAUUACGGUAUUAGACUCAGGUAGAGGACAAAAGACGCUGAGCUGCAUCACCACCUGCACUCUGUCUAACAACCCCACUUACAUCUGGUACAAGAACGGCCAGCGUGUGUCUGACUGUAAAUCUGCCUCCUGCUCUGUAGCUGCAGUCAGUGGUGCGGUCAGUUACAGCUGUGCUGUUGAAGGCCAUGACAGUCUCCUCUCUCCUCCAGUGUAUUCCCCUAAAAACACCAGAGCAGUGGUUCUUUCCUCUGGAGACACAGUGGAGGGGGGUUCAGUGACUCUGAGCUGUAGCAGUGAUGCAAACCCUCCUGUUCUCAACUACACCUGGUUUAAGCAGAGAGCAGAUGCAGACACACUGCUGACAACAGGCCAGAAUUACAGCAUCAGCAACAUCAGCUCCCAGCACAGCGGACUGUACUACUGCACUGCUCGCAACCAGCUGGGACAGCACAACUCUACACCAACACACCUGGACGUGUUACGUAAGCGCAGUGUCAGUCUUCUAUGUAACUAUAAAGAGGAUGUCUUAAGCAAAAUUAACUGA